AUGUCUGGCCGCGGCAAGGGGGGUAAAGGGUUGGGAAAAGGGGGUGCCAAGCGGCACAGGAAGGUGCUGCGGGAUAACAUCCAGGGCAUCACCAAGCCUGCCAUCCGCCGUCUGGCUCGGCGAGGGGGUGUGAAGCGAAUCUCGGGGCUGAUCUACGAGGAGACCCGCGGGGUGCUGAAAGUGUUUCUGGAGAAUGUGAUCCGUGACGCCGUCACUUACACGGAGCACGCCAAGAGGAAGACUGUCACCGCCAUGGACGUGGUCUACGCUCUCAAGCGCCAGGGCCGCACUCUCUACGGCUUUGGGCCGCCUACCUUUCCAUUUAAAGGAGUUGUGCAUUUUGGUUUGGCUCUCUACGGAAUGUUGACGAGACCAGAGGCCCGGGAAGGGGCGGAGCCUCAGCAUUUCCCGCCGACCACUCCCGGACCGAUUUCGGUUUUCAAAGAGGUUGUUUUGUUGUGCUGUUCAGCAAUGUCUGGUCGCGGCAAGGGAGGCAAAGGGUUGGGGAAAGGGGGUGCCAAGCGGCACAGGAAAGUGCUGCGGGAUAACAUCCAGGGCAUCACCAAGCCUGCCAUCCGCCGUCUGGCUCGGCGAGGGGGCGUGAAGCGAAUCUCGGGGCUGAUCUACGAGGAGACCCGCGGGGUGCUGAAGGUGUUUUUGGAGAACGUGAUCCGUGACGCCGUCACUUACACGGAGCACGCCAAGAGGAAGACUGUCACCGCCAUGGACGUGGUCUACGCUCUCAAGCGCCAGGGCCGAACUCUCUACGGCUUUGGCGGCUAAAUACGCUUUCCUGUGCUGCGAACUGCGAGCGAUACUCCCCAAAGGCCCUUUUUAGGGCCACCCACAUUCUCACUUGAAGGAGCUUUGUUUUGUUGUCUUCUCCUUAGCUUUGUUCUAUUCAGAGUCCCUAGGUAACUUGUGAGGAAUUUUUAAAAUUAACGUAUUUGCGAACCUCGGACCUCCUUACUCUUACAAAACGGAAGCAAAGAUGGACUUCAACCAAAAGCUUUUGUGUUGCUUCGUGAAUUGCGAAGUCUCAGCACCAAGUUUAGCUAUCCUCAGUAUUGGCUGAUCAUAAGACUUAAGAUGCGUGAACUGAUCUGAGCGGGAAAAGGCGUGUCCCCAAACCGGAAUUGUCAACCUAUCUGGGCUCUUUGUGUUUGAUGACUAAUAGGAAUGUUCCGCUCGAAAAGCCAAUCAGAAUGCAGCGCGCCAUCUGCAGAAGUUAUUCCCGCCGGCUUUUCAUUUGUGAUUCUUGAGCCACUUUGGGUAAAUAAAUUAGCGUCCCCCCCACUUUAUGGGCCCCACUUUUCUUCACACUUAAAAAAAGGACGUCUCUGUGCUCUAGGAGCUGAGGACCUAAUAAAGGGCUUAUUGAAACGGGUAAGAGACGUGCAAGGUAAGCUCUAAGAAUAUACAAGAAGAAAAGAUACCAA